AUGGUUAAAUCUGCUGUCUUGGGUUUCCCAAGAAUUGGUCCAAACAGAGAAUUGAAGAAGAUCACUGAAGCUUACUGGGCUGGUAAGGUUUCCGUUGAUGAACUUUUCAAGGUCGGCAAGGAAAUUAGAGAAUCUAACUGGAAGCUACAACAAGCUGCCGGUGUUGACAUCAUCCCAUCCAAUGACUUCUCUUUCUACGACCAAGUCCUAGACUUGUCUCUAUUGUUCAAUGCCAUCCCAGAACGUUACACAAAGUAUGGUUUGGCUCCAAUUGAUACUCUAUUCGCUAUGGGUAGAGGUCUACAAAGAAAAGCUACCGAAACUGAAAAGGCUGUUGAUGUCACCGCCUUGGAAAUGGUUAAAUGGUUCGACUCUAACUACCACUACGUUAGACCAACUUUCUCCCACUCUACCCAAUUCAAAUUGAAUGGUCAAAAGCCAGUCGAUGAAUUCUUGGAAGCCAAGGCUUUGGGUAUCCAAACUAGACCUGUAUUGCUAGGUCCAGUCUCAUACUUGUUUUUGGGUAAGGCUGACAAGGACUCUCUAGAUCUACAACCAUUGUCUUUGCUAGAAAAGUUGUUGCCAGUUUACAUCGAAAUCUUAUCCAAGUUGAAGGAAGCUGGUGCUACUGAAGUCCAAUUGGACGAACCUAUCUUGGUUCUUGACUUGCCACAAGAAGCUCAAGACGCUAUCAAGACCGCUUACACCAAGUUGGGUGCUGCCGCUAACAUUCCAAAGAUCACAUUGGCCACUUACUUCGGUACCGUUGUUCCAAACUUGAAGGCCAUCCAAGGUCUACCAGUCGACGCUUUCCACUUCGAUUUCGUCAGAGCUCCACAACAAUUCGAUGAAGUUAUUGCUGCCAUUGGCCAAAACCAAAAGCUUUCUGUCGGUAUCGUUGACGGUAGAAACAUCUGGAAGAACAACUUCGCCAAGUCCUCUGAUUUCGUCAAGGCCGCUAUCAACAAGUUGGGUGAAGACAGGGUUAUUGUUGCCACUUCUUCUUCUCUAUUGCACACUCCUGUCGACUUGGAAAACGAAUCCAAGUUGAACCCAGAAAUCAAGAGUUGGUUCUCUUUUGCUACUCAAAAGUUGGACGAAGUCGUCGUUAUUGCUAAGAACGUUUCUGGUCAAGAUGUCUCCGCUGCUCUAGAUGCCAACGCUAAGCUAAUUGCCUCCAGAGCUGCUUCUAACAUCACUAACGACCCUGCUGUUCAAAAGAGAGUCGCUUCCAUUGACUCUAAGAUGUCUACCAGACUUGCUCCAUUUGCUGAAAGAUUGGCUGAACAAAAGGAAAUUUUCAAGUUGCCAUUGUUCCCAACCACCACCAUUGGUUCUUUCCCACAAACAAAGGACAUUAGAAUCAACAGAAACAAGUUCACCAAGGGUACCAUUACUGCUGAAGAAUACGAAAAGUUCAUCAACUCUGAAAUCGAAAAGGUCAUCAGAUUCCAAGAAGAAGUUGGCCUAGAUGUUCUUGUCCAUGGUGAACCAGAGAGAAACGAUAUGGUUCAAUACUUCGGUGAACAAAUUAACGGUUACGCCUUCACCACUAACGGUUGGGUCCAAUCUUACGGUUCCAGAUACGUUAGACCACCUAUUAUCGUUGGUGACUUGUCCAGACCAAAGGCUAUGACUGUCAAGGAAUCUGUCUACGCUCAAUCCAUUACAGACAAGCCAGUUAAGGGUAUGUUGACUGGUCCAGUUACCUGUCUAAGAUGGUCUUUCCCAAGAGACGACAUCGACCAAAAGACCCAAGCUAUGCAAUUGGCUUUGGCUUUGAGAGAUGAAGUCAAGGACUUGGAAUCUGCCGGUAUCAAGGUCAUCCAAGUCGAUGAACCAGCUAUCAGAGAAGGUCUUCCAUUGAGAGAAGGUGCUGAAAGAUCCGCUUACUACGUCUGGGCUGCUGAAGCUUUCAGAGUUGCCACUUCUGAUGUCUCUAACAAGACUCAAAUCCACUCUCAUUUCUGUUACUCUGACUUGGAUCCAAACCAUAUUAAGGCUUUGGAUGCUGAUGUUGUCUCUAUCGAAUUCUCCAAGAAGGACGAUGCUAACUACAUUGCUGAAUUCAAGAACUAUCCAAACCACAUUGGUCUAGGUCUAUUCGACAUUCACUCUCCAAGAGUUCCAUCUAAGGAAGAAUUCAUCUCCAAGAUUGAAACUAUCUUGAAGACCUACCCAGCUGAAAAAUUCUGGGUCAACCCUGACUGUGGUCUAAAGACUAGAGGCUGGGACGAAACUAGACAAUCUUUGACUAACAUGGUUGAAGCUGCUAAGUACUACCGUGCUAAGUACUCCAACUAA